CCGGCGCUCGCCUUUCGGAGCCCCCGGGCUUGCUGAGCUGUGGGGACAGGAACUGAUGACCCGUGAUGAUGUGGCUGGGGACUUCAGGAAAGAGUGGGUUACCUGGACACUGCUUAGAGAAUCCUCUUCAGGGAUGCCACCCAGCACAGUUAGAGGAAUGGGCUCUCAAAGGGAUUUCUAGACCAAGUGUAAUCUCCCAGCUGGAUCACAAAGAAGCACCAUGGGUCCUACCAUUCCAAAACUUUGAAGCAAGGAAGAUCCUAAAGGAAAGUCACACAGACUUUGGGCAUCAGGUGGCAAAACUCAAUCAGGACAUUUCCGAAACAGCAGAACAAUGUGGAAAAUCCUCAGAAAGGACCAAUAAAAAUAUUUUUCAUACUCCUAUUUGGGGAAGAAAGUGGGAAAGGGGCCCUGAAUUAGUACGGCAACAUGGAACCCUUCCAGGAGAGGGCCAGCAAGAGCCCUUCUCACAGGAGAUGGAUUUAAACAAGCUCCUGGAUGGAUAUGUAGGAAAGAAGCCUGUGUGUGCGGAAUGUGGAAAAAGCUUUAACCAGAGUUCCUAUCUCAAAAGACACCUAAGAACCCAUACUGGUGAGAGACCUUAUAAAUGCAUCGAAUGUGGGAAAGGCUUCAAACAGAGUUCUGAUCUUGUCACCCAUCGCAGAACACACACAGGAGAGAAGCCCUACCAAUGCAAUGGGUGUGAGAAAAAAUUCAGCGAUAGCUCGACGCUCAUCAAACAUCAGAGAACCCACACUGGUGAGAGACCCUAUGAGUGCCCAGAGUGUGGGAAGACUUUUGGGCGGAAGCCACACCUCACAAUGCACCAAAGAACCCACACAGGAGAGAAGCCCUACACGUGCCUCGAAUGUCAUAAAAGGUUUAGUCGAAGCUCAAAUUUCAUCACCCACCAGAGGACCCACACAGGGGUGAAACCUUACAGGUGUAAUGACUGUGGGGAGAGUUUUAGCCAGAGCUCGGAUCUGAUUAAGCACCAACGAACCCACACAGGAGAACGGCCUUUUAAAUGCCCGGAGUGCGGGAAGGGCUUCAGAGACAGUUCUCAUUUUGUAGCUCACAUGUGUACUCAUUCAGGAGAGAGGCCUUUCAGUUGUCCUGACUGCCACAAAAGUUUCAGUCAGAGCUCACAUCUGGUCACACACCAGAGGAUACACACAGGUGAGAGACCUUUUAAGUGUGACAACUGUGGGAAAGGGUUUGCCGACAGCUCUGCACUCAUUAAGCACCAACGGAUUCACACAGGAGAAAGACCCUACAAAUGUGGCGAGUGUGGGAAGAGCUUCAAUCAGAGCUCCCACUUCAUUACCCAUCAACGAAUCCACUUAGGAGACAGACCCUAUCAAUGUCCUGAGUGUGGCAAGACCUUCAAUCAGCGUUCCCAUUUUCUCACACACCAGAGAACACAUACAGGAGAAAAACCUUUUCACUGUAGUAAAUGUGACAAGAGCUUCCGUCAGAAAGCGCAUCUUUUAUGCCAUCAGAACACCCACUUAAUUUAGGCAAUAGUGGUUCUGCUGCUCCCUUUCAAAUUUCCAUUGUUACUGUCGUCAAGUACCCCAAACCUGGGCAUCAGUGGCCCAAGUUGAGCCCUGAUCUGUUCUCUCUCUUUCUUUUCUAUUUUAUAAUGGAGAAGACAAACUUAUGGGGUCCAAAUAAUGUUCUGAGCACAAAAGGCAUUCCUUCAAUGUGUGUCACUGGUUCUUAGGGAAAUGUGAGUUUAAUGGUGGAUGCCUGGUUACUUAACAAGAAGUGAGAGAAAUGUGGCCUAGAGAUCACAUGUAAACCACCUACCACAGUGCCUGGCACAAAGUAGGUGCUCAAUAAAUAAGUGGAAACAUCA